CAUUCUUUUCUUAUUCCGAGAAAAGCCAUGUUGUUUGUCUUGUUUGGUCGUUGAACUGGUUAAACGAAGUACGGGUGAAAAACAGCAUCAUGAUUAAAAACCCGGCUCCUGCUCCAAUCCAAAAUGACCUAGCAAAGAAAGCUUUUAAAGUCUACAACUUCAUUCUCGGCAAAGGAGGGGAGUUAGAUUUUCUAGAGCUGACGAGACAUCCCUCGCCUUUGAAAAGCUUGUCUGGAGAAGAAGUACUACAAUGGCUGGACGACUACGCCGAACUAAACGACAAAGAAGACGUGAUAGAAAAGCCUUGUUUCGUCGUUAAGAGGAACACCGAGGGUAGAGCAACUGUUAGGGCUUGUAUUAAGGCUAGACUUUGCCUGAAUUAUGAUAGAAAUGGCGCCUGUAAACAUGAACCCAAUUGCCUACAGUUCCACAUCUGUAAAGGAUUUUUGGAGGGACGUUGUGCUGACCCUAAUGUCUGUUCAAGGUCUCACGACUUGAUGGACAAAGGAAACUUAAACAAAAUCCAAAAAUAUCGCCUUGAACAUCUAAAUAAUUCUGCUGUUCGUAAAUUAAUUACGAGGAAUYUUCCUUUCGUCUGUGAAGAUUAUGUGAAGCAAGAAUGUACAAAUCCCUAUUGUCCAAAUCUCCAUCUUUGUCCACGUUUGGUGAAGGAGAUCUGUGAGGACAAAGAAGAAGAUUGCGUUUUGAAUCUUUCUCACGAUCUUCAUUCUCCUCACAACAAACGUGUUUUCAAAGACUUUUUUGUCCCGGUGAAAUAUCUGUUGUGUAAUAUCCUUGUAGCUUCAACUACGAGAAUUGAUCCCGAAGUGAAGGUGGAGGAAGGAAAACGAAAGGGAAAAGUCAACAAAUUGAAUAAUUUAGACACCAACGAUGAAGAGAGGGGAGAGUUUUCGAAACUGGGUGCAAUGCCACAGAAUAUUUUGCCAAAUAUGCCCGAAAAUGUAAGCACAAAGGCUCCAAAAAACAAACAAAGACAAAAGAAAGAUGGUCGCCCAGAUGAAGCAAAAAUGAAGAAUGAAGAAUUGAACAUAAGACCUGGUCUUCUCCCAACUCCAGACUUAAAGGAGAAACUUCAGCAGAGGUUUUGGGGUGCUGGAAAUCGCUCUAAUAUGCCUGCAAGCAUGAGGAGAGGAGAAAAUAUACCAGUACCUCUCAUGGGAUUGCCUACCCAACAUUAUGCCCGUCCAGACUUUCGAGAAGCAGUCCAAAACAUGCUUUUCCGUCAAGAAAUUGAGCCCACAGAUCAUAGCAUUAGAGGGGGCCUAGGGCAGAGAAGGGGAGGAAAUAAUCAACUUUCGCGAGGAGGGCGAAAAUGGAAGAGUAUGGAUCAUUUUUAUGGUCAACCACCAUCAGAUCAGUCUUUGAUUGGCCAAGAGGGCAGUAAACGUGGAGCCAGAGGAGCUAGAGGGGGUAGAGGAAGGGGUAGUUGGAGAGGAUGUGGCAGAGGGACAGCGCUAUAUGAAAGUGGAGCUGCUCCUGAGAUGGAAUAUUCAUCUGCCGACUCAGUGAAGGAAAGUGAUAAUGUUUCUGAACCCUUGGUGAAAUCAAGAAGGAGCGGGAGGCCCAGAAACAGGAAAAGAAAACCUAGAUCUAAUUCUGCUGAUGCCGACAACGCAACAAAUCUUGAAGAGGAAGAAGAUGGAGAGGCUGUGGAAGAAUUAACAGAAAACUUGAUGGAAUUUCAGUUAGAAGAUGAUGAUGACCAGCAAGACUUGAUUAACUUAGAUGAUGGUAGUGAAAGUGCAAAUCUUGUAGAUUUGAACUUUGAAGCUGAUCCAGGGUUAAGCCAAACUUCUGAAUCUCAAGCCUUGUGGGAUUUAUUUUCCCAGGACCAACUCUAUGACAGUCCUCAAGAUAAAGAUCUUGAUUCAAUUUCUAACCCAGAUGACAGCUUUCAAUCAAAUGAGCCAUCAAAUGCCUCAGUUGCUUCGGAAAGAGCUGUUUUCAACUGCAUUGUGAAGGAAUUUGGUGGGUCUGUAUCAUUUUCAGAGAUAUCAACUAGAGAUGAUCUUUUCAGUCCUGACUUCCAAGACCAUGAAAAAUGGUUUAAACAACAUCCCAGAAGCUUUUCGAGGAUUUACAACCCCAAGAAACAGCUGGUUGAAAUUCAGGCAUUUGCAUUAGGUGCAAAAAUGUGUUUCAAAUACUGUGGAAAAGGGUGUAACAACAAAUCUUGUCCCUUUUUCCACAUAUGUCAGGAGUUCAUAGCAAAAGGAAGGUGUGAUGAAGGAUUUAGUUGUAAGAAGAACCACAACUUCUCUGAUAAUCAUAACAAACACAUCACAGCCAAGUUGUUUCCAAAGGAGAAUUUUGAUGAUCAACAGCUACAGGCUCUGAUCCAGUCCUCAACUCCCCAAGUCUGCUUAGACUACAACAAUGGAAAAUGCUCUCUUGGUAAACUCUGCACGAGGAUCCACAUUUGCAAGAGUUAUGGGAAAAAGAGGUGCCCUAAAGGAACUUGCCACUUAAUGCACAAUAAUGCGCUACUAACCCCGGCAACCAAAGGCAUACUAGAGAGGUAUAAAAUCAAAGGCCCCCCACAGGUGAAUGGGUACAUCGUGGCCAAGACAUUGUUGGUGUGCGAUGACGUCGUACAUGUUGAUGAAAAACCACCAGCUGUGAAGAAAGAGCAAAGGAAAAAGUCUGAAUCUACUGCAUCUGAAAGCUCUUACCAAAUUAGUUCCAAUUUGCAGAGUCACAUUUGUUUGAAAUUUCUUCUUAAUCGAUGUAAGAAAGGCCCCAAGUGCACAGGUCACCAUUGUCCUAUGCCAUACCAGUGGAUCUACCUGGUGAACAACAAAUGGCAAAUGCUUAACGACAAUGAAAACUUGAACCUUGAGAAAGUUUUCUGUAAUGAGAGCCUUUCAGAUGCACUAAUAACUUUGAGUUUGAAUCGUUCUUCAUCUUCCUCUGUUGCACAAUCUGAACAAAAUGAAUCUUAUUUCUACAAAGUGGAUUUGGAUGAAAUGCAAAUCAAACCACUUGACGAGGAAGGACCAAAUUUCCCCCUCAAAAGGCUCUCUACUGAGUCAGAGGUUCAUAUCCCUGACUGUCCACUAGCGACUAAAUGGCGCUGGCUUUGGAAAGGACCAGAUGGAUUUACAGAAUAUAGACCCCAAGAAGAUUCUAAAGGCCCUUCAUCUGCUACCAUAGAGAAGCACUUUCUCGAAGGGCACAGUACGUUUGACUUUUACAUAAAGCCAUACAACUACAGACUCUAUUUUCAACAGAAGCCUAUGGUCCAGAAAAAUCUAGACCCUACAUAUUAUACUGAACGUGAGGUAUGCCGAAGACCUCAAUAUGUCAGCAAACAAGAGUUUGAGAACAUAAGAAGCAUUACUCACAAGUUGCCAAUUGAGGACAAACGAGAAUUACCCCAACUCUGGGUAAAGAUGGCAGAGUGUCAAGAAUUCCUUCUAUACCAACUGAAAAGACAUUCCAAGGAAUUCAAAGAAAUGGAAGCAAAGUUUUUGGGUUCCAUUGGUGACAAGGUGGUUGUGAUUAACACUAUUGACAGAGUUCAAAACCCUUUUAUGAUGGAGAAAUACCUAAGGAAGAAGACUCAUAUGCAAAAACUCUCUGGUGCCUCAAGUGAUCAAAGCAUAGACGAGAGGUUUCUAUUCCACGGCACGUCACACCGCAACAUACGUCCCAUUUGUAAACAAAACUUUGAUUGGCGCUUGUAUGGGGAAGUGACGGGCAAUAUCCAUGGUGAGGGAGCCUACUUUGCCAGAGAUUCUUCUCUCAGUGAUUGUUACUGCCCAGAAGAUGAGGAUCAUCUUCGAUACAUAUUUGUUGCCAAGGUUCUUGUUGGCUCGUACACCAAAGGUGAUAAGAAAUACAAGAGGCCUCCACACAAGGAUGCCAAUGACCCUCACAGUGACUUGUAUGACUCCUGUGUUGAUAAGAUGGAUAACCCUAAGAUUUUUGUGGUUUUUGAUGUCGAUCAGUACUACCCUGCAUAUCUGAUCACAUACAAGCGUCAAGAGAUAGAACACAGUAGUGGCCUUGAUACAACUGUAACAUGGUCCCCCAUGAGACAAACACAGUUUCCUCCUUCUUCAACAAGAUAUGGCUAUAGUGACUCAAGCUUGCCUUCUUCAUCAAUCCGUAACUAUGUUAGAUCAACUAGCGUACCAUCAAACCCAUAUAGCACUACGGCACAAAGAGUAUCAAGUAGUGACGCAGCAUACCAUAUGCCCUCAAACACUCAGUAUGCUACUCCUAGARUGGAAGGAGCAAACCUGGCAUCUGCUAUGGAACAACAAAUGGAAGACUUUACUUAUUCAGCUUCUAGUAAGAAGUCCAAUCAGCAGAACUGCUCGGUUAUGUAAUAUGUGGCAUUUUUAAUGUGGGCUUCCUGUGUCAACCUAUGAUCUCUGUAUUUCCUGRUUGUCAAGUUCAAGUUCAAAGAUGACCUUACAGGACUGCUUGGUUGUGUAAUGUCAGGCUUUCCAUAAGCUAUGAUCUCUGUAUUUAAAAUAGUAAUGCAAGAGUGAAGUCAAAACUGAAAUGAAAGCCUCAUUUCAGUGGUCAAACGACGAUAAAAACACAUUAUUUUUCAUUAUAUUUGUCUUGAUUUGUAUCCCUCUGUUUUUACCAUGGUUCUAGAGACUCUGACAAUCUUGCUCUAGUUUUUGAGUAUUGAGAAAAGCUGUUCAGACAACAGCUGAGUUUUUUUUUGCCAUUUUUGUGACCUCCAAACUACUUCAGCAUGUGUCUCCCGAACCAAAAAGAGGCUCACUUAAUAUGUAGUUCCAGAAAUUAUCCAUAUCCCCCAAUGGAGGAAUUUUGUUAAACAACCCUGGGGGAUGGAUUAUGGAUUAACAUUAUGGAUUUAUUUUGUAGAGAAAUACGAUUAGUAUCAAAUACUA